UAAAGGCUUGAUGAAAACAAGUGCAAACAUCACCCCUUUAGCAUGGUCGGCGACAUCCGGCACGACCUCAAAAGUUAGCGUCGAGCAUCUUUGAACGCAAACACAUCUUGCUCGAGAGGAUGGGCAGAGCGUCGUUGUAGAAUGACCAUUUCCAAAAGUUUUCGUCUAACAUACCAACAACGCCGCACAUUAGUUUCGACUCUGUUCGGCCUCACAUUUUUUGCAUCCGUGUUGACGGUUUCCGCGUCCAACGUGUUACCAUGUCCCGUACGACCUGACCGGAGCCGAUACGGAGAUACAGAGGGGAAAGCAGGGGGAACGAGGCCUGCGCCAGUGGUGGAGAAGAUGCCGAGAAGGUGGAUACAGGAGAGGCCCUCUUCGGAGGAUACACCAGCUUAAGUCAUUGCUGACGAGGAGGCCAGACGUGGAGAUUUAGACCGUCUCUGUACAUCACCCAGUACAAUCAAUAUACAGCGUACACGACUACCAUCUACUACUACUACACAUCCCAGAGUUAUGAGGUUUAUGAAAGCGCGGGGUACAUGGCAUGGGGGUGUCUAAUAAGUACAUAAUGUGGUACUAGCAUGCUCGGGUGUCGCUGAAAAGUUACUGAAGGUUAAUUACACCCAACACAAACGGUCAAGUCAGUAAAAUGAAUGUCUAAGACGAGUCUACUGCUGAAGCAGUGUCAUCCUGCGCAAGUUGUUGGUUUCUAUAAUGUUCUUCUUGCUCCUGAAGUGUUCCUCUGGAAAUGUCGGCACAGGUUAGCAUCGGCACACGAUCGGACGUCACAAUCACGUACGGAAGGGGUUGCUCCUCGAUGGG